UAAACUUAUGACUCUAAUUCUGCUGCUGAAUUAUAUGCCAAAACAAAGACCAGUUCUUUCUCUCUCUCUCUCUCUCUCUCUCUCUCUCUCUCUCUCUCUCUCUCUCUCUCCUUCUUUCCCCCUCCAAACAUAUCACUGAACACCAUCAUCCAAUACCAACACUGAAUUCAGUUCAAUCUUUCCAUGGCCACACACAGGUGACUCACUGAAUAUAUGUUGGGAAUUUCGAUUUAAGAGCAGCUUCAUAUAUGAUCAAUAAGCUUUGCAAAAGAAACAAUAGACUCAUUUAUAGAGGGCACAUCAGCAUCGUGAAUGGAGCUACUUUAGGGGGAAAAGAAUGGCAUUCAUAAUUUGUACACAGUAAAGAAUUGAAGUGGGAGUUGAAUUUGAUUCCUGAGCAACAACAAACGAAUAUGUCGGAUGAAUAUGAGAUGAGUGAUGAACAGGUUGAGGACAGUUCAAUAGGAUCAUCGCAAAAGUGUUCAUCCUUUGAUCUGAAUGAAGAAGCUAGUAGUGAAAAUAAUAGCAAGGGCAAUGAUACGAGGUACGAGGAAGCUAAGGAUGAAGGUACUUCAACAAAUAAAAGUAGCAGCAUAACAAGGGAAGGAAAUAGUGAACGAAGAGGUGGUGUGAGACAGUAUGUUAGAUCAAAGAUGCCUAGGCUUCGUUGGACACCUGAACUUCAUCUUUCCUUUGUGCAUGCUGUUGAAAGGCUUGGAGGUCAAGAGAGAGCAACACCGAAGUUGGUGCUUCAGCUAAUGAACGUGAGAGGACUCAGCAUUGCUCAUGUCAAGAGUCAUUUGCAGAUGUACCGGAGCAAGAAACUCGAUGAGGCUGGCCAAGUAUUAAGUGAAACAUACAAAUCAUCCCACGAACUUGGUCGUAUUUCUCAUGUGACCCAUCCUCGUCAACAUUUUAAGAUGGGAAAUGGUGGAAUUAUUCUAGCAAGUGAUUACACCGAUCACAGUUAUUACCAUGGUCUCUUGCAUCCUUCAAACCUAUCACACUCACAUUCAAAAGCCAUCGAUUCAAGACACCAACAAUGGUUCUUCAACAAUCAUCAACCUUUUAGAAAACCAAGUUACUUUAGCAACGAAGUUGGCUCAGCAACCUUACAAACGCAAGCAAGAUCAAUGUCUUCAAACCAAAUUCAAGUAAUGGAUGCUACCAGCAUUGCACCCAUGAGACCAAGCCAAUUUCUUGAAGAGAAAAGAUGGCCUCCAUUGGAAAUCAUGAACAAUCACCCCUGGAAGAAAAGGUUACCUUCUAAUACUGACUCAAAAUCUGUUCUGCUUCAUCAAUUUGGCUCCACAACUUCACCAUCUCUUAGACCAACUGAGUUAAACUUCCCAAACAAAACAAGAAUCAGGGAACAUCUAUCUAACUCCGAUGAGCAUCGCAGCUAUUCCAACGCUUUCAAUCCUGAAUUUGAACCUCCCUUUCGGAUUAAGUCGAAUCAAGAAAAAAUGCAGAAAGAGAAGCAGUGGGUGCCUGAUCUGCGACUGAGUUUAAGUCAGAGAGAUGGCAACAGUGAUGGGAAGAAUGAUCAUUGCAGAGAAACCCAAGAAAUCAACACGAAACUUUCACUUUCAUAGAAUCUAUAGCCAAGUCAAUGUAUAAUGCAAAUACCACAGCCUAGCCGUUCAUACAGUCUGAGUGAAGAUAUAUAUCGAUACUAAAACAAAAUUACACAAUUAUAUAUCGCUACAACACUGAAUUGUGUGGGCUGGCAAGUACAUAGGGUUUCUCCUCACACCCGAAAAAACCAAUAAAAAAUGGGAUUUGAGUGUAAAAUUAAUAUGGUGAUCGUCGUGAUUACGAGAGUGAGUUUGUAAGAGAGUUUUUUCUUGUGCAAUAUUUGGUUUGAUUAGGCACAAAGUAAAAGGAAAGAGAGAGAAGAAAAUAACAAAUAUUGCAACAUGUUUUUGCUUUAAGUUUUGUGUGAAUACAUGCAGUGAAUUAAGUUUAGUUCAGCAAGACUGAGAAUAUGGCAAUCAGAUCUUUAAUGCAAGAGCUACUUCUACCUACCGAGAAGAAGAUUAAAGUAGGAAAAUGCAUGGAUUUAAGUUUAGUAUUGAGUUGCACACAAGCUGAGUUUUAUGAUGAGCGUGGAAUUUUUUUCCUUAGUAGUGCAUUGUGAUUUUAGUUUGUUGAAUGAUACUGUGUAGUAUUCUUUUGAGGGUGAAUAUUACUGUGUAGUUGAGAUUAAGUUUUAAGAUUAUUUUACGUUUUAUAAA